AUGGACACAGGCGGUCUUGCUCACAUGUCUUACAAUAACUUCACUACCAAUAAUGGUUUGGGUAUGCCAGUCACAGGCUUUGCUGCUAGAAGAGCUGCAAAUGGAGCCAACAUUAAACGACUUUCCUUUGAACCCGCCACCAAGACUCUUGACUCUCAAGAUAAUGGUGCACCGACUCCAAGAACAUCUCGUUCUCAUCUGCUUGCAGGUUUAAGAACUGCACCAAAGUCUGCCACGUCUGCCAACUUUCCCUCAACUGCCCCACCAACUCAAGUUCAACAUAACACUGGACAUAAUGGAAAUAAUGGAUUGAACUCAAGCAGAUAUGCCGACAAUGGACCAAAGACUUCAGGAUUUGCUCCAUACAAUCAGGGAAGCCAUCAAGUGAAUCAACAUCAAAUGUAUUCUGUUCCGGAACAGAUACUCUCGCCACCUGAGAUCCAUAUUGAUGAUGGUCAAGAUGCUAUGGAUCCAAAUCUUUAUGCUCAACUCGUUGCUACAAAUCAGUAUCUUGCGGAACAACAACAACGUCUUCAGCAACAAUUGAUGAAUGUUCAAGCUGCUGCUCAACAAAUGCAAGGGAUGAAUUUGAAUGGACAACAAUAUUCAACACCUCCAAUCACUCCACAUAAUAUGGGAAUAUAUCAACAACAACAACAACAACAACAACAACAACAACAACAACAACAACAACAACAACAACAACAACAACAACAACAACAACAACAACAACAACAACAACAACAACAACAACAACAACAACAACUGCAACAACAACAACAACAGAUGAAGCAAAACAUGCAACCAAUCAUUACACCUGUUAUGGGAGCUCAACCUGGUGUCUAUUCAUAUUAUAACCCAAUGACUGGACAACAAACCUAUUUCAUGGAUAACAGUGGUCAGCAAUAUUACGAAUCACCAAUGGAACAAAGAGUGAGCUACUCUCCACCACAACAACCUGGUACACCAAGAUUUCAAGUUUCUCCACCGCCACAAUCUGAUGCGCCAACUUUCACCAGAUCCAUCAGUCCACCAAAGAAAUCUUCUCCACAACCCCAAGAUCAUGCUCCUUUACCACCACCAUCUGCUGGUGCUUUCCGUAGAGGACAUCGCAACUCAAAGUCUAUGGCCAUGUCUAUGUCUGGUGAUGUAUCAAUGGAUGGCCCAAAAACUGCUGGAUUACCAAAAUCCACCUUCCCGGGUACUCCAAUGCAAACAGGAUUUGGUCCAGGUGCAGGACGUGCUGGUGAACAUCCAGUUAGACAACCACGUGGCCCACCACCGAUUGAAGAAUUGAAAGCCAAACCAACAGCAAGAUUCGAAGGUUCCAAGAACUUUGCUACUCGAACUCGUCGAAGUGCUGUUCAUAAUCUUGUUCGUGCUGGAUUAGAACGUCGAAGAGAACCUGGUAGUGCUUCCGGAAGCAUGUCACCUGUUUCCGAAGAUGGCGAAACAUCAUUCUCCAAUGAUGACAAUGAUUCGGAUUCUGGUCGAAGUGGGAGUGGAAGUCUUUCAGGUCGACCAAGCCCACCAAGUUCUCGUACAUCACAACAUGGUGCUAUUGGUUCCAACCGACCUACUUCACGACAAAAUUCUCUUGAGAUGAAAUCAGUCAUUUCCGUUGACUCGUUCACUGCUGAGAGUGUUUCUGGUGAUGAACAAAUCGGUGGUAGCUUCGCUGCGGCCUUUAAGAAUGGUGGAAAGAAGCCUGAAACGGCUGAUGUUCAAAAGAGAGCCCCAAUGCUCGUUCUUACUAGCGCCGAGAAACGCAAAAGCUCCAUCUUUUAA